UUAUUACUCUAUGUGCGGUUCAUUUUACGGAUGCGCAUUGGAGGACAAGACGCUUUACAUAUCAAACACUCCAACAAGAUUCCAUCGUCAUGCGCCUACACAAAGUCUAUCACCGGUUCUCUCUCUUUUCCCUCACUUCACCCCCUUUUCUUCCUCAUCCAUCUGCAACCCUCUUCUCUUCUUAUUCCCCAUCCUUUCUCUCUUCCAAACGCUGUCGAAUUUCAUCAUCAACACCGCCUUCCACCCUCAACCCUUUUCUUCAAACCAUGUCUACCUCACGAUUACACAAUCUCGUCCCUCUUGCCGCAAUCGCUACCGAAGACGCUGCUGGUCCUAAUGGGUCAACAGCUACGCCUGAAGAUGAUGAAUUAAACAGUGGAUACCGUCUUCCUCCAGCAGAGAUCAGAGAUAUUGUUGAUGCUCCACCACUUCCAGCUUUAUCAUUUUCUCCACAGAGAGAUAAAAUAUUGUUCUUAAAGCGAAGAUCUUUACCUCCAUUGUCAGAGCUGGCGAAACCAGAGGACAAGCUUGCAGGUGUUCGUAUUGAUGGGAAAUCUAAUACCCGCAGCAGGAUGUCAUUCUAUACUGGUAUCGGAAUCCAUGAUUUAAGAGAUGAUGGCACAUUAGGCCCAGAAAAAUUGAUACAUGGCUUUCCAGAUGGAUCUAAACUCAAUUUUGUUACAUGGUCAACUGAUGGUCGUCAUUUAGCCUUCAGCAUUCGGCAAGAUCAGGAGGAAGAGGAUGAUGUUGGCAGCAAGUUGAGAGUCUGGGUUGCAGAUGUGGAGACAGGAAAAGCUAAACCUUUGUUUCAGUCACCGGAUGUGUUCCUGAAUGCAAUCUUUGACAAUUAUGUGUGGGUGAAUGAUUCGACUCUGUUGGUUUGUACAAUCCCAGCAUCCAGAGGAAAGCCACCAAAGAAACCGUUAGUCCCCUCUGGUCCUAAAAUCCAAUCCAAUGAGCAGAAAACUGUUGUUCAAGUUCGAACCUUCCAAGAUCUUCUUAAAGAUGAAUACGAUGAAGAUCUGUUUGAGUAUUAUGCCACCUCACAGCUUCUUUUGGUUUCUUUAGACGGGAGUGUGAAGUUAUUUGGAGAGCCAGCUGUAUACACAUCACUUGAUCCCUCCCCUGAUCAGAAAUACAUUUUACUUUCUUCGCUUCAUAGACCCUUCUCUUUUACUGUCCCAUGUGGAAGAUUUCCCAAAAGGAUUGACCUCUGGUCUGCUGCUGAUGGAAAGUUUUUGAGGACUCUUUGUGAUUUGCCUGUUGCUGAAGACAUCCCAAUUGCUUUUAACAGUGUCCGAAAAGGCAUGCGCUCCUUGAAUUGGAGGGCAGAUAAACCUUCAACUCUCUACUGGGUGGAGACACAAGAUGGAGGUGAUGCCAAAGUAGAAGUUUCUCCUCGUGACAUAGUCUACACACAGGCUGCUGAAGGUGAAGACCACCCAAGCAUCUUUCAUAAGCUUGAUCUUCGCUAUGGAGGAAUAAGCUGGUGUGAUGAUUCGCUUGCAUUGAUAUAUGAAUCAUGGUACAAAACACGACGUGUCAGAACCUGGUUGGUCUCCCCUGGUAAAUCAUCCAAUGAGAAUCCUCCAGCUCCACGUCUGUUGUUUGAUAGAUCAUCUGAAGAUGUGUACUCUGACCCUGGUUCUCCCAUGCUGAGGAGAACUCCUGAUGGGACUUAUGUUAUUGCCAAGUUCAAGAAGGAGGAUAAACAAGCCACAUACCUGUUGCUAAAUGGAAAUGGUGCUACCCCAGAAGGAAACAUACCUUUUCUAGAUCUGUUUGACAUAGAUACGGGUGAAAAGGAGAGAAUAUGGCACAGCGACAAGGAGAAGUAUUAUGAGAGUGUGGUGGCUCUGAUGUCAGACCAGAAGGAAGGAGAGUUGCAGGUGAAUGAACUGAAGGUCCUGACUUCCAAAGAGUCUAAGACUGAAAACACACAGUAUUACAUCCAGAGAUGGCCAGAGAGGAAAGCAUGCCAAAUCACAAGGUUCCCGCAUCCAUACCCUCAAUUGGCUUCAUUACAGAAGGAAAUGGUGAGGUACGAGAGAAAGGAUGGAGUCCAACUGACUGCAACUUUAUACCUGCCACCCGGGUAUGACCCCACACGAGACGGGCCUCUGCCUUGUCUGGUGUGGUCGUAUCCUGGAGAGUUUAAAAACAAAGAAGCAGCUGGACAGGUUCGUGGCUCUCCUAAUGAGUUUGCAGGCAUAGGCCCAACAUCACCACUGCUUUGGCUCGCAAGGAGGUUUGCUAUAUUAUCCGGGCCAACAAUUCCCAUCAUUGGUGAGGGAAAGGAAGAAGCAAAUGAUAGGUAUGUUGAGCAGCUUGUUGCGAGUGCAGAGGCAGCAGUGGAGGAAGUCAUCCGCCGUGGGGUGGCUCAUCCAGGAAAAAUUGCAAUCGGGGGACAUUCUUACGGGGCGUUUAUGACAGCAAAUCUGUUGGCACAUGCCCCUCAUCUUUUCAGUUGUGGCAUUGCUCGUUCAGGAGCUUACAAUAGAACACUUACACCUUUUGGGUUUCAGAAUGAGGAUAGAACCCUCUGGGAAGCCACUGAUACUUACAUCAAGAUGAGUCCUUUCAUGUCUGCCGAUAAGAUUAAGAAGCCCAUCCUGCUUAUCCAUGGAGAAGAAGACAACAACUCAGGAACACUGACAAUGCAGUCGGAUCGUUUCUUCAAUGCGUUGAAGGGGCAUGGGGCACUCUCUCGCCUAGUCGUUCUACCGUUUGAGAGUCAUGGUUAUUCAUCACGGGAGAGCAUAAUGCAUGUCCUUUGGGAGACAGAUAGGUGGCUACAAAAAUUUUGUGUUUCCAACUCUUGUGAAGAAAAAGAAGAUGCUGAUGAAACCAAAGCAACUGUUGCCUCUGGUGGUGGUGCAGUUGCAGAGAUUGAAGACAUUGGAGUUGAUACUCUUCAUUACAAUACAAGAUCAUCACUUUGACCUCUCUGGUUUGGGUCGGAGCUGACAGUGUCCAUUGUUAUUUGAAGAAAAUUGUUGGCAUGCCGUUUAGCUCUUAACAAAAACAUGAUAUGGCUGACAAUUCUUCUGCUUGAUGUUGUACAAGAUGUGAAGGGAAGGCUACUGUUGUAUAAUCAAUCCAUCAUAAAACAAAAACCAACUUUGUAAUAAUGUAUGUAUUUCAUAUUCUUUCAGCAAUGUGGAUUUAUCUACAUUGUUGGAUGCAAAGAUUCAAAUAGUUCAUCUAA